AUGUCUGUAGCACACAAAACAAAUACCCCUGUCUCUGAAAGUGCCAUGAUUGGGAUCAGUCACCUCUAUGGUCCAAUCUCAUCAAAGACUCCUGCUGGAAACCAAAUUGCUGAAGGUGACACUACUGUUGUUGCUCCUCAUGUCCCUAUUGUUGCUGCACAAAGGUAUAUUGCGGACAUCAAUGGGUUGAUUCCAACCAAAAGCACCCAUUUCAACAUCGUCGUUCGUGUGAUGACCAUCUGGAAAAUGUACGAAACAAAGGAAAAGAAAAAUGUCAGAUCUGUUGAGUUGGCUUUGAUUGAUGCUCAGGGAUCAAAAAUUCAGGCUACUAUACCUGGUAGAAUGGUGAAAGAUUUUAUGAAAUAUUUCAAAGAUGAAGGUGUUUACAAGAGGCUAUCGCGCUUUGAUCACGGACUUAAUAUAAGUGGAGGUUACCGUUGCUCCAAACACGAGUAUAAAAUUGUGUUUGGAUCUGACACACUGGUUGAAUCAGCUGUUGAUUUAGAAAUCCCUAAUCAUGUUUUUGAAUACACUCUGUUUGCAGAAAUCACAAAUUUCGUAGCGAACUUUGACUACUAUUUUGAUUUGAUAGGACACAUCAUUGGUUUCAGUGAUCCUAUUAUUGAAAAUGGGAAAAAAAGAAUCUCUGUUGAACUAGAAGAUGAAAGAGCUGAUACAUUGAAGGUUACUUUGUGGGAUGAACAUGCUGAUCGUGUUCUCAACUGUAUGAAUAAUAACCCUGAAUAUCCUGUAGUCAUGAUUGUGCACUAA